AUGUACGAGGCCGCCACGGCAAUAAGGCUUCUUGGGUUAUGCGGGUGUGCCGGAUGGAUACGCUACUUGGGCGGGUUUGGCUCAAUCCGUUCACAUGGUGAUGGACUCGAUAGCCUACGCUCCAACGCUUCUUUUACUACACAGCAUAUUUCGACGCAAAUAAGCGCUUCAUCACCAUAUUUGAUUCAACCGGCUAUACACCUACCGUUCGUCGCCGCCACCACUCUGUUUGACCGAAGAUUGGCCACUCGUGGCGGAGUGUACAUCACCUACUUGGAAGACGUUUAUGGCAACAGAUGGGGUGCUGGCUCAUCAUGCGCG